UCACCGGGAUCAGGUUGAUCGGGCGACUUGUGCUAAGUUUUAUCCUUUACCACAUGUUGAUUAAUUAAAUAGGAAUAUAAUAUCGUGGCCAAAAUCAUUAUUUCGGGCUACCGUUAUUCGUUUCUUAACUCCGUCAACACAAAGUUCCAUAAAGGUGAUUUCCUGCGUGAAGGGAACGGAGUUACGUCACGCAUUAGCAAGAUAUCGUGUGUCGAGCAGACCGUGUUCCCCCGUACGUCUCCUCGAAUACAAAGUGUUCCUGCUUUCUUUGCUUGAAUUCGCGUGUCUGUCAAAACUCGAAAGUCACGCACGCGCUAGACUUUCACGAACGAAUGUUUAAGAUAACCGUAGCAUUGACGCAUAACCUAUAAACGGUCGUAAGUCGAAAAGUGAUCGUGAAUGUUGAUAGUUGUUACGGCCAAUUUGGCCUCCUGUCAAUCGUUCUGGAGGUCGAAAGAGAUUUUAAAUUAAAGCUCCUACUUAACGAAUAGUUCGUGGAUAAAAAACAAGUCCUUAAUAUUUCCCUAAAUUGGGACGUUUCGAUCAAAGUAUUUUUUUGACGUUGAGCAGUCACCGGGAAAGUAGUCAAAAUUCCGGUCCCCACUAAGAAACGAGAAGGUCCGCAACAAACCGGCGGCAGAAAUCCACCAACCACUGGCGAAGAAUCCUCGUCGGGUGGCAAAAUGAACAGCAAAAGAAAGAAUCGCUCAAAUACUAAUAGAUCACCUCGUGCCCGUGGUCCACAAGAAAGAUGUGUCGCUGCUGAAGGUGUAUAUAAUAAUGCUCAUUUCAUGCAUGCAAUAACCAGUCAUGUUGGCAACAUUGUACAGAUUCAAACACUAAAUGGUUCUGUAUAUGAGGGUAUUUUUCGUACCUUCUCCAGUCAAUUUGAUGUUGUACUAGAAAUGGCACAUCGUGUAGAAGGUUCUGGGAAAAUAAGUGUAGAAAGCGUAGUAGAAAAAUUAAUUUUUAAACCGCAAGACAUUAUAACUAUGUCUGCGAAGGAUGUUGAUCUAGAUUAUGCUAUCCGUGAUACAUUUAGAACAGAUACUGUUAUUAGCAAAUAUAAUGGGUUAAUAGGUGAAAAAGAAUUGGAACCAUGGGAUGCACCUCCUGCUACCAUGAAUGGAGAUGAUUUAGAAUUAGAUGGUACUACUAAUGGAUGGGAUGCUAAUGAUAUGUUUCGUAAAAAUGAACAAAAGUAUGGAGUUCAAACAACGUAUGAACCGACUUUAGCUGCUUAUACUUUACCACUUCAAAGAAAAGAUACAAAGGAUUACAAGGAACAAGAACAGAAAGCUGCAGAAAUAGCCAAUGAAAUAGAGUCACAACCAAAUCAUAAAGCAAGAUUAGAGCUUGAAAAUGGUGAUGAAGAGGAAAGAUUCGCGGCUGUGGUGAGACCGAAUGAAGGUAAAUAUAUUCCACCUCCACUGAAGAAGAAAAAUGGAAAUAGUGGAAAAAUGAUGAGAUCUAGUGAACCUCCUCCUUCACCAGGGCCUGCAACCACUAAUAAAAAUGUUUUCAAUCAACAACCUCCGUCCAAUGUAAAUGUAAACAUUCCUCCAUCAUCCAAUCUUCCUAUUGGAAUGCAAAAUACUCACCCAUCGGUACAGCAUCCAGUAUCUUUAAAUAUGGGAAUGCCGCCUAGCGGAGUUGUGGUUACAUAUAAUAAUCCUCCACCACCAUUUGUCCCUCCAUCAACAACACAACCACCACCACCACAAGUUCCUGUGAUGCAGCAGACACAAUCGCAAUCACCAGCUACUCCCUCUGUGCCACAAGUGGCUUUUCCACCACAACAACAGCAAGUAGCAUCAUCUAAAAUAAAUACAGAAAAACGUGAACGUCCUGGUAGACAGCAAGUGUAUCAAGCUGAUAAAGCACCACCAGCACCAUUCCCGCAAACGAAUAUUACCACUUCUCAUCAGCAACAGCAGCAGCAGCAACAACAGCAACAACCGUCACAUCAACAGCAUAACCAAUUACAACAACAAAAUUCAGUUGAGGGACAACGGUGUGAAAUAGUUACGCAUAAAUCAGACCACAGAAAGGUUCCAACACCACGUAGUAGAGAAGAUCAACAUUCGGAAUUAAGACAGUUUGCUUCAGAUUUUAAAUUAGCAGAAACACCAACGCAGGAGACUCAAUCUGUUACAAGAAAACAACAGCAUCAGCAUCAGCAGGAUUCUCAUUCUUCACCUCAAAUUAGUCAAUCGCAUCAUCAAUCGCCUCAUCAACACACUACACCACAACAACAGCAACAACAUUCAAAUCCGCAGCAACAACAGCAACAACAACAACAACCACAACAACAUCAGAAUCAACCAGUUCAAGAAGAACCUGUAGUUACAAGUAAACCACCACCAGGCCCACUACCUGUACGACCCACAAGUCCUCAGCCACAACAACCACAACAACAACAAACAUCUACAAACACACCUACUGCAUCACAGACUUCACAAGAACCUGCUGUUGAUAAAAUUACAACGGCUUUCAAAAAAUCAACUUUAAAUCCAAAUGCUAAAGAAUUUAAUCCAAAUACUAAACCUUUCACGCCGCGAUCUCCAAGUACACCGACACCUAGCAGACCACAUACUCCACAAACACCACAAUACACUGGAGCAACAAUGCCUGCGACCGUAGUUAUGCCAGCAUAUGUAAUGACUAGCCAGCCACCUACUGCAUUCAGUCAACCACCUGCUCAACCUGUGACAAGGUUCCGGAAGGGUCAGUAUCUAGUACCAGUGAUGCACGCACAACAUCGCACACAAGAUAUAGCUUCUCAAAUGCAAGUAGUAGCGGCAACUGGACAGCCAUUAAUGGCACCAGCUCCACUACAUCCGCCAUUCCAGGUGCCUUAUCCUGGUCAACCAGCAUAUCAACAGAUGGUACGCAUGGUUCAGGCACCACCACCACCACCGCCACAUAUGGCUACACCAUAUCAUCAUCAUGACUCACCAGGACCACAGGCUCCUGGUAUUCAGUAUAUGGGCCCACAUACUCAUCCACAUCCACAUGUUGCUCAACAACCACCAAGUCAAACUCCUUCUCCAGCAAAUCCUAAUCCAUCACAUACACCAGGCACUUACAACCCUCCGGGUACUCCACAACCCACGUAUCCUCCACCUCCUCCUCAAGGCCAUGCUCCAAGUUAUCCAAUAAUGUGUCCUAUAAUUCCUCCUCAUAUACCAAUACCACCGCAGCACAUGCAAUACCUACCGCCGCAACCACCUCCAGGAGCGCAGCAAACUAUACCAGUGAUUUUGCCGCACAAUCAGUAGCUGCAAUCAGAAAUGGAUGAAGAGCGAGAGAACUACUAGUAUUCUGCAGAGGUAGAAUAAGUUUACAAAUCUAAGUUGCUUUCAUGAUGUCAUUAGGCACUUGAAAUUUUUCCUUAUCCCUUGUAAUAUUACAUUAAUGUAUCGCUAAAUAAUCGUAAAAAAUGAUUUUUGU